GCCAACUAUAUAUAUACACAUAGAAGAUCAGCUUCAGGCCAGAGUGAUCAAAGUUUCGCUUACAAUUAGGGUUUCAAUCGCAACGAAAGCAAAAGGCAUUUUCUUUCUUUCUCCGUGAUCGUUUUCUUUCUCUUUGAUCGUUCGUCCAUUGGAUUUUCUGUGCUUCGAAAUCAGUCUAGACGAUAAUCGAAUAGCUUCAAAGCUCAAAGCUCUCGCCCAAUCGAAUCGAUCAGUAUGGCCACUAAGGUAGUGAGGAGGCACACCAAUAGACCAGAAAGAUCAGUGUAUGCUCGACCUGCAGGAGGACCUUCAAAAACUGUUUGCGCCUUUUGGGCUGCUGGAAGGUGCACAAGGGAAUUCUGUCGUUUCCUGCACUCGGAUGCACCGCCUUCAUCCAUGAACCCUCAAAUUUCAAAGAAGUCGUCUCUUGUUUGGACGAAGGAAGGAACUGCCACCGGAAAGGGCAAUGCAUGCAAUGCUCCUCAGAAAAGCAAUGCUCCUCAGAAAAGCAAUGCUCCUCAGAAAAUCAAUGCUCCUCACGAAAGCAAUGCUCCUCAGAAAAGCAAUGCUGCCCAGAAAAGCAAUCCUACUGUGAAAAAUGUUUGCAAGUUCUGGGUAGAUGGAAAUUGUGUGAAAGGUGAUCGAUGCCUGUAUUUGCAUAACUGGUUCCGUGGUGAGGGGUUCUCCAUGUUGGCAAAGCUCCAAGGGCACACGAAGGCUGUCACUGGUAUUGCCCUUCCUGAACGAACUAACAAGCUUUAUUCAACCAGUAAAGAUGGAACAGCCAGAGUUUGGGACUGCCAUACUGGUGAAUGUGGCAGUGUGAUUGAUCUUGGUGGUGAAGCAGGCUCUUUAAUUAGCGAAGGCCCAUGGGUUUUUGCCGGUGUACCAAAUCUUGUUAAGGUUUGGAAUACUGAGACAAAUUCUGAAUUCAACCUGGAUGGACCUGUUGGCCAAGUGCAUGCUAUGGUGGUUGGUAAUGAAAUGCUUUUCGCCGGGACACAGAAUGGUGAUAUAUGUGUGUGGAAAGGUAGCACUGAAACUAAUCCGCCAUUUUAUCCUGCUGCAAGUCUGAAGGGCCACACUGGUGCUGUGGUAUGUUUAACUGUUGGGCGCAACAGGCUUUACUCGGGUUCUGUGGACCAUACAAUUAAGGUGUGGGACCUUUAUAAUUUGCAGGGUGUUCUGACACUAAAUGGGCAUUCUGGUGCGGUGAUGUCUCUUCUUUGCUGGGAUCAGUUCUUGCUCUCAUGCUCACUGGAUGACACGAUAAAGGUGUGGGCUGCCACUGAAGGAGGCGGUUUGGAAGUGACCUACACUCACAACGAAGAGCAGGGUGUUCUUGAUCUUGCCGGAAUGACAGAUGCAGAAAGCAAGCCAAUCUUGCUUUCUUCUUGCAAUGAUAAUUCUGUCCGCAUAUAUGAACUGCCAUCAUUCACUGAAAGAGGCAGAUUAUUUGCAAAACAAGAAGUUCGGACGGUCGAGGUAGGACCUGGAGGACUAUUCUUCAGUGGGGAUGCAACUGGUCUCUUUUCUGUUUGGAAGUGGAUGGAUGCUCCCGCCGUCAAAGUGGAGUCUUCAUGAGUUACUUUACUCCAUCUAGUUCCGUGAAUAUUUUAGACAAGAACAUUUCCUUCGGUUUGCGUGAGCCAUUGCUAUGGUGGCUGUGAAGGCAUCAAUGAACAAUUGUAGCAAUCCUGUAUCCAAAUUUUUGACAGCCAGUCAGUUAUUCAGAUUAGUUUUGUUCAUUUAUGUAGGGAUCAAUUAUUAAUACAUUAUCUCUAGGAUGCUUGUUCGUACACUGUAAUGUACAGUGAAAUUUUUCAUUCAGAAAAAAGAUUCAUUAUUGAGAAUUUAAAUUCAUGAUAAAUGCAAAAUUCUUUGGAUUUGAACUGUCUU